UAUGGAAAAAUACCUUAUAAACAACAGAAAUAAGCCUUCUUGAGAUUCUUCCCCCUUGAGAUUCUCCAAAUGUUGUUGCACUUGACAGAGAAUCUGCUCUCUUUGUCCUUCGGCCUUCUUCACUUCUAUGUCCUUUGUUUCUUUACUUAAUAAAUCCAUGAUUUUUCCUUGUUAAUUGAAUGAAGAUUGACGGUAAACCCAGGUGGAGUAAAAUUGGUCCACAUCAGCACCCAAUCAGCUUCCAAUCAGCGUCAACUCAUCAGGUUUUAACGGGCAAUGGAGGGUCUAACGGUUGGAUGAUGUCAUUCUCAUUAAAAGGGGUGUUUUGCGGAUAAGAUGAAGUAGAGGGGCUGAUUUGCCAUAAUUUCUAGUACAGGGGCUGAUCUGCCACAACAUGGCUGGUAGAGGGGCUGAAUUGCACCUUCUGCCAUUUUUAGCGCAUCCCUAUCCCACAUAUCAAUUUUUUACGGCAUGAAUGGAUGUGAAUGUCAUAUCUUUGACAUCUAGACAUUUCAAGGACACAUUGCACAUGGUUGCUGAGCUCUAGGUCCUACUGGCCCACGGUGUCAGACGCUGCUAAUAAUUGUACAUUUUCAUUCGCUCAAGACUUUAUAUCUCUCUUCACAGAGUCAAACUAGCCUUUUUUUUUUGAAUUAUUUGCCCUGCUUUUGCAGAAAAUUGAUCCCUCCUCAGCUUUGUCUGCAUGAGUGAACGGCAGGCCAUUCCCAUUUAACGCUUUCAAAACGGGGCUAUGAUAUUAGCAAG